UUUCUAACUACACACCGAGCCGCGAGUGGCUCCGGCGAAUUAUAUUUCUUCCCGUGGCGGACAGCGACAGCGGUGGUUGUCGAUACGCGAAGCAAAAGAGACUGACUUCCGACUGGUGACCCCUUUCUCAAACUGUAAUGACAUGAGCGCUCCAGCAGGAAGCUCAAAUCAUUUUGUGUCUUUAGAAACAUUGUAGCGCGUCCGCCAAGAUUUCUGUCUGUCCGACUGUGGGGAAUAAUGGAGCGUUUUUGAACCAGCCUUUAACGCAGAUAUUGUAGCGCUUGAUUCGAUGUUUUAAGUGUGUGUCGUGUCUGUCCAUUUGGACGCAUAAAAAGUAAGCAAAUCGCUGUUCUGAAGCCAAAUGGAAAGCUGAACCAUGGCAGCAAAAGAGGACCUAUAUGCCAAAGUCGCUCCACGGAUGCAGCGGCAGAACCGGCCAGGAGCUGUCAAACAUGGAAACCGUCUGGAUGUUUUGCUGUCAAUGGGUUUCCCUAAAACCAGGGCGCUAAAAGCGCUGGUUUCGACUGGGGGCAGAAAUGUACAAGCAGCCUGUGACUGGUUGUUCUCCCAUGUGGAUGACCCGUUCCUGGAUGAUCCUUUACCCAGGGAGUAUGUGCUGUACCUGAAACCCAGCGGUCCCCUCCUCAACCAGCUCUCCAACUUCUGGCAGCAGAGUCGCAUUACAUGUGGCAAGAACAAAGCCCACAACAUCUUCCCUCACAUAACCCUCUGCCAGUUCUUCAUGUGUGCCGAUAGUAAGGUAGAUGUCCUCUGUGAAGCUCUGCAGGCAGUGGUGGGUCAGUGGAGAGGUCGUUUCCCCUCCCCACUGCCCCUGGAGUUUUACUCAUCCUCAAACUUCAUCGGCCUCUUUGUGGAAGAGAAGGUGGCCGAGGUGAUCAAGAGCUUUGCUGCAGACUUUGCUACUGAGGCGGCUUCCAAAGCAGAUGUUCAUGUGGAGCCCCAUAAGAAGCAGCUUCAUGUAACUCUGGCCUACCACUUCCAAUCCAACCAUCUUGCAUCAUUAGAACAACUUGCCAAAGGUGUAGACAUAACAUUGGGCUGUGAUUGGCAGGCUGUGCUUUUGUCACGGGACAUCCGAUUUGCCAAUCAUGAGACCUUGCGGGUGAUGUACCCCUAUGUGCCUCAGAAUGAUGAUGAACUGGAGCUGGUGCCCAGUGACUUCAUCUUCAUGUCAUCUACAGAACAGGCCACGGCCAGUGAGGGCUGGGUCUAUGGGACCUCGAUGAGCACAGGGUUAUCAGGGCUACUGCCAGAAAACUACGUCAAUAGGGCAGACGAGUGUGAUACUUGGGUCUUACAUGGGUCUUUGUCUUUCCUUAAUGUAACCCCCCCAACCAAUAUCAGGGGUGCAAUGGGUGGGAUUUUUCUUGACCCACACUUGGAUGGUCGUCUCUUUGAUGACCCCAUGCCAGUGGAUCCCAACAGUCUGAGCGUUAUAUGUCAACCUAUGCAGAUCCUACGCCCCAAUCAGUCUCGAUUGCCUAAGAGAACGUUGUUUGUGUGUCGCCAUGGUGAGAGAAUGGAUGUAGUGUUUGGGAAACACUGGAUCACUCAGUGCUUUGAUGCCAAAGGUCGGUAUGUGCGGUCAAACCUCAAUAUGCCACUGAGUCUCCCAGCGAGGAUUGGGGGGUACAGGGACUAUGAUAAGGACUGUCCUAUCACUGUGUUCGGUUCCACACAGGCUCGUCUAGUCGGGGAGGCUCUCCUGGAAAGUCAUACCGUGGUAGACUUUGUAUACUGUUCUCCUUCUCUGCGCUGCGUGCAAACAGCUUAUAAUAUCCUCAAAGGUCUUCAAAAGGAUGGGAAGACUAAGAUCAGAGUUGAGCCAGGUUUGUUUGAGUGGACUAAAUGGGUGUCGGGAACCUCAUUACCCGCCUGGAUCCCUCCUGCAGACCUGGCGGCUGCUAACAUAUGUGUGGAUACAACAUACAGACCUCAUAUACCCAUCAGUAAACUGGCCGUGUCAGAGUCCUAUGAAACAUACAUCAGUCGCAGCUUCCAAGUGACGCGUGAAAUACUGUCAGAGUGCAAUAAUCUGGGAAAUACAGUGCUGAUUGUGGCCCAUGCUUCCUCUCUGGAGGCUUGUACGAGGCAGAUACAGGGUCUGACCCCACAGAACUCUAAAGACUUUGUGCAAGUGGUCAGAAAGAUACCUUACUUAGGCUUUUGUGCUUGUGAGGAGAUGGGCGAGACGGGUGUUUGGCAGCUUGUGGAUCCACCCAUCCUGCCGCUCACGCAUGGACCCAAUCACAGCUUUAACUGGAGAGAAGCGCUGCUGCAGGACUGAGGAGGCUCUGCAACUUUUACUCUCACUGCUCCUCCUCCAAAGGCAACAGAAACGUGCUUACAAGUCACAUCAUCACAGACCUGCAUUAUAGCACUAUAAAAGGCUCAUGCUUCCAUAGCCACGUUCUCUUGCACUGCUGCAGUACACCUCAUUGACCCUGUCUUAAUAUAUAAAGCAUAAGAGCAGUAAUAUUUGCGGUAGAUUUCCAUAAUGUGCUCAAACACCAUUUGCCGGCCUAUAGACAAGCUGCAGCAGAACACUUGCUUCCAACUGUAGCCCAGACGAAACUGAGAUCUGAGAGCUUCAAAGACGUACAUCAAACACAGGAUAUAAUACACGACGAUAAACUCAGGUUUCCUGCCUCAGUGAGGAGGAAAUAGUGUGCAAAGUUGAUGAGUCAUCAUCCAACACUUCCAAAAUGGAUGCCGCUGGACUCGAGUUGGGUCUCCGAACCCUUUGUAAACUCCAUUUUCCUAGACUCUGUAGGGGAACAAGACUUCUCCCUAUUACACUGUGAAUCAAAUAGACAUGCACAACCUACCGCAUCAAGAUUUCCCAAUUACACCUGCUAAAAGCCCACUCACCAACUCAUGAAAGCACAAGAGUAUAAUCUGGCAAUCAGAUAGAUUGAGAUGAAGCAGCAUUAAAGUUGUUUAGAAGUGGAUUUGGUGGACAGCACAUUCGUCCUGUGCCUUGCUGUCAUGCUGCUACUGUUAAACACUUUGCAACUAUAGGACAUUUUGGGAGGACUGUUAGUUAGGGCUUAUUUGGAGACAGUAUUUAAAGAUGUACUGUCACACUUUUCGCAUGUAGGGUCAAUUUUGAAAGGGGGAGAUGAUAAACCCAGUAAGGACGUCAUCAAACUUUCAAAAGCAGUGCCACAAAUGGUUACAACUUCAUAAGCAGCAGCUUAAAUAAUGUUAUGUGCAGCUGUUACGCUGAACAGCGAGCUUUACUUUCUGAGCACUUGAAAUAUCAAACCAAACAGGAAAGAAUGCUUCAACAAUGUAAAGAAUUGUACAUUAAUGCAUAACGUGUCUGUAUAUACUAAGUAACAUAGUAAAAUCCAUUUGAUGUGUUUCACCUUUAAAUGGAAAAAGUAUAAUUGCAUUUAUUUAUGUAUUCAUAAGAUAGUUUUAAAGAGAAUAUGUUGGUGCUUCAGGUUUUUGUUUGUUAUUUCCUGUUGUUGGAAUAGAGAAAUCAAGCCAUAGCAAAUGAUGAAAUCACUAUAUAAUGCAGAGUUUUUCUCCACUCCGAGGACUUACAUAAGCAUAUCUGUUACGAUUACUGUAAUAUGCCAUCUGUGUUCCCUGAACUUCAUAACUAUUUUAGCCCACCUAUGGUUUGCCAUUUAAUAAUGAUAAGGAGGAGGCAUGCAUAAUGAGAUGUGCAAUGCACUACACAAGCAAAAGAGGUUUAUCGGAUU